CCGGGCGCGGCGGCCUCCCCCGGCCUCCCGUGACGCGCCGUGCGGACUGCCCAGCCGACCGCGCGGCCAGUGAACCCCAAGAAAAAAUCAUGGAGCCCCUCGGCUCGCCCCCAACUCAGCCGGGCUCGCCGGCGCACAUCGAGGAGCCGGCCCUGCGGACCGUGGCGAGCCUCGCGGACCUGCCGCUGCGAAGAGGCAAGUGGACGCCGGAAGAACAAAACUUCUCCGAGGUCCUGAUCCAGGCGUUCCUCGCGGGCCUCGUGCCCGACUGCGCCGAUGGCACGACUCUGAGGGCCUUUCUGUCGAGGCGCCUCCACUGCGCGCCCAUGCGCAUCACCAAGAAGUUCGCCGGCGCCACUUUGGGCAAGUCCAUCUUCUCGCGGACCGGACAGCUCGACGCCGGCGACGCUGCGAACCUUAGAAGGCUCGAGAGUUUGUUCGUGCGGGCCGAGGAGACGAACUCCGCGGAAGCCGUCUUCUUCGCGAUGAGAGGCAGGGCUCAUCGGGACGGCGCGCCGCCGGCCGGGAGGGCCGCUCGGGCCGCCCGGCGCGCCCGAGGGCCUGAUGCUCUGCGCGCCGCGGAGGACGAUGCGCUGGCCGGCGUGCGGCGCGAUGCCGCCGCCGCGCGGAGCGCUCUGGCCGCGUCGCAAAGCCUCCCCCACGCGACGUCGACGUCUUCGCUGUCGAGCCUCGCGCCAGGCGCGUCGGCGUCGUCCCAGCAUUCCUGGGCCGCGCGCGUGGCCGAGUGUGCCGCCCAGACGACGGCGGCUAGAAGGGAUGCCGAGCUACGGGCCGCCCGAGCGACGUUCGGCGACUCCGAGCCGCGGAGCGUGCUGCCGCCUCCUUCGAUAGAUGAAAGUCCGAGAACGUCGCUGAUGCGCAGCCUGGACUCCAUCUCCGCCGCGAGCGCGCCGCCGCCGCGCCGGACGCCGUUGAUGAUGCAGGCGCCUCCGCGGCCUCCGCGCGGUCCCGGCUACGACAAGUCCUUGGGCGCCGGUUUGGCCGCCAGAGAUCUCCACGCCGCCGCUGCGGCCGCCCGCAGUGCGGCUGUCGGCCGAAGCGGCCAGUCGCGCGACGGUUUGUACGGCGAGCUCUACGGCUGGGUGCCGCGUGACCUUGGGGUGAACAAGUCGCCCGCGACGCUCGCACGCGUGCUGGGUUGCCCCGAGCCGCCGCGCGGCCCGCCGCGGCCCGCGCUGCCGCCCGCGCCCGCCGCCGACGCGGACCGAGACCGAGCCGCGCCCGCGCCUGCUGCCGACGCGGCGCCGGCGCCGGCGCGCGCGCGAGCGCCAGCGCCGGCACCCGGACCCGCGUGCCUGUCCGGGCCGCCGGGCCUCUCGCACAAGCGCGCCGCGUCGCCGGGCCGCCUCGUCGUCCAGGACGACGCCAAGGCGGCGCGCCAGGCGGGCCACCCGUCGCCGCGCCGCGCCGACCCGAUGGGCGCGUCGCCGCUCUUUGGCCUCAGCUACCGGAAGCUGAUGGUCGGCCCGCCCCCUCCUCCUGGGCCGGCACCGGCGCCGGCGACCGAGACGGUCGCGGCCCGCUCCUCUACAACCGUGCCCCUGCGCCCGUGA